CCAAACUGUUGACACAAAUGCUGGGAGGUGAGAGCGAGCGAAAGGGGUAUUGAUAUUCAUCACUUCCAUCGAUCAAUCCAUCCCGUGAGCAUUUGGGUCGUUAGCGCUCAUCGAAUCCGAGCUCGCAUUGGGGCGAAUUGGCGGGGAUAUGGCGUCCACAGCUGCAAUGGGGCAGGCCACCACGAUCCCAGCGUCUCUGAGCGGCCUCAAGAGCAUGGAAUCGGCUCCCAGCUGCCUCAAGCCAUCGCCCACAAAAGUGGGAGGUAGCGCUGCCCGAUUGAGAAGGCGAGGUCGGAUUACCACCCGGAGCAUGGCUCAGGAUGUCGUGGAGAUGGAGCCGGCAUCGCAGAACAGUCCUCUUCUAGUGCCGAGGCAAAAGUACUGUGAGUCCGUCCAUAAAACGAUCCGUCGACAAACUAGCACUGUGAUGGUUGGAAACGUCGCUGUUGGUAGCGAGCAUCCAAUUCGCGUCCAAACGAUGACCACUACUGAUACCAAAGAUGUUCUAGGAACUGUUGAUCAGGUUAUGAAGAUAGCUGAUAGAGGCGCAGAUAUUGUGAGAAUCACUGUGCAAGGGAAAAAGGAAGCAGACUGUUGCUACGAGAUUAAAAACACUCUUGUCAAGAAAGGAUAUUCUAUUCCCUUGGUUGCAGAUAUCCAUUUUGCUCCAUCGGUUGCGCUCAGAGUUGCCGAAUGCUUCGAUAAAAUCCGCAUCAACCCCGGAAACUUUGCCGAUCGAAGAGCACAGUUUGAGACGCUUGAGUACACGGAAGACGAUUACCAGAAAGAGCUAGAACACAUCGAAGCAGUUUUUACUCCUCUCGUCGAGAAAUGCAAGAAGUAUGGCCGAGCGAUAAGAAUUGGCACGAACCACGGCAGCUUGUCCGACCGCACCAUGAGCUACUACGGCGACUCACCAAGAGGAAUGGUGGAAUCAGCGUUUGAGUUUGCACGGAUUUGUCGAAAGCUCGACUUUCACAACUUCCUCUUCUCGAUGAAAGCAAGCAAUCCGGUGGUGAUGGUUCAAGCGUAUCGUUUGCUGGUGGCUGAAAUGUACGUAAACGGAUGGAACUAUCCACUGCACUUGGGAGUCACUGAAGCUGGCGAGGGUGAAGACGGCCGCAUGAAAUCCGCGAUUGGAAUUGGAGCUCUUCUACAAGACGGGCUUGGUGACACUAUUCGUGUCUCGCUCACGGAGCCACCGGAAGAAGAAAUCGAUCCCUGCACAAGGCUUGCAAAUCUGGGAAUGCGUGCAUCGUCUUUGCAACUCGGAGCACCAGAGCAAUUCGAGGAGAAACAUCGUCGCUACUUUGAUUUCCAGAGAAGAAGUGGACAGCUACCGCUUCAAAAGGAGGGAGAAAGUGUCGACUACCGUGGCGUGUUGCAUCGCGAUGGAUCUGUUCUCAUGUCCGUGUCUCUGGAUCAACUCAAGAAUGCGGAGCAGUUUUACAGGUCUCUCGCAACGAAACUUAUCAUAGGAAUGCCUUACAAGGACGUUGCUACUGUUGAUUCGAUCCUGCUCAAGGAGCUUCCAGCUUUAGACGACAAGGCAUCGAGGCUUACACUCAAAAGACUGGUGGACAUAAGCAUGGGAAUACUGACUCCAUUGUCACAGCAGCUUGAAAGACCACUUCCUCACGCCAUAGCUCUCGUCACACUCGAAGAACUUGCGUCCGGUGCUCACAACCAGCUUCCUCAAGGAAGCCGUAUUGCUGUGAUUGUGCAUGGAAAUGAGCCAUCGGAAUUGCUGGAGCUGCUCAAAACGGUGGAUGCGGUAAUGCUGCUACUUAACUCGCCACAUGAAGAGACAGUCAGCCAUGUCCACAACGCACGAAGGUUGCUUGAGUAUCUCCAGUCGAAUUCUCUAAGCUUUCCAGUUAUCCACAACUUGGAAUUCAAGCAAGGCCUUCGCAGGGAUGAUUUCGUGAUCAAGGCUGGAAGCGAAGCAGGAGCUUUGCUAGUGGAUGGUCUGGGCGAUGGAAUACUCCUGGAUGCAGCCGACCAAGACUUUGACUUUGUUCGUUCUACUUCGUUUGGACUUCUUCAAGGCUGCCGAAUGAGGAACACAAAAACUGAAUAUGUGUCCUGUCCAUCUUGUGGAAGAACUCUGUUUGAUCUUCAAGACGUGAGCGCAGAGAUCCGUGAGAAAACUUCGCAUUUACCCGGAGUUUCAAUUGCGAUCAUGGGAUGCAUCGUAAAUGGUCCUGGAGAGAUGGCCGACGCUGAUUUCGGCUAUGUAGGAGGUGCUCCUGGAAAGAUUGACUUAUACGUAGGAAAGCAAGUUGUCAAGCGUGGUAUUGCCAAGGAUCAAGCAACCGAUGCUCUUAUUCAACUCAUCAAGGAUCACGGCCGCUGGGUUGACCCAGAGGUAGACAACAAUUAGCUUCGCUCAAGCUCGCAAAAGAUUAUUUUUUGAAGUCCCCCAAGUUUGAGAGAGGUCUGGAAGCGAAAAACACAGACAAGAAGAAGCUGCUGGCUUGAGAUCGAUGAAGAAAAGCUUACAUGUUUACAAGGCUUUGUAGCUUGGAUUCACCAGGUUCUCUAUGCCGGAAGUCACUCUCAUAGAUUCGAUUGUAUCACCGACUUUGAGGUCUGCAAGAUAUUCUUGGUUUUGGACAACGUAGCCGAAGACCGAGUAGCGGCCGUCUAGUAUGUUGGCAUUGCUCGGAGUGAGCUCGCUUUCUUUCAAUAGCCAAAAUAUCUGGCUGGAAGCCGAGUCGUUCUCAAACUCCUGCAAACAAAGAAAAUCUUCAAUAGACAUAAAGAGGCCGUUUUUCUUA